GAGGACGCUCGAGGCUCUACUAUACCUACCCGGCCGCCUACGUCACUUUGAAGUCACCCAAUCCCGUCCGAAACUCCCCCUUUUUCUUUCUGGUUCCUCCGCUCAAAGUUUGGACUUUUAGGCAAUAGACCCGAGAAACAGAGGAUGAUGUUUCAUCUUAUCAAAGAGCUCAUUGGACACAACAAAGAGACUCGCUCUCAUCGCCCGAGACAUCCCCUUCUAUGAGGCUGAAGUGAUUUUUUGGGGCUGUCCCUGGGACGUUCAGCGGGCUCCAGACGACUUAGACUUCCAAUUUUUUUUUAUAAUAGCGCAAACAAUGAAUUGCAUGGCUACAUAUUGCCUGUACGGGAUCCAUCUCGUCUCGAUCUAAAGUAGUGGGCCAAUAGUGGAUUUCCUUUUUUUUGGUCGGUCUUCUGGACACUAAAGUCGUUUCAAUCCGAGGCUAUGUGCCAGGUGCGUCUGGUUUGGGCAAACACAUCUGCCAAACUAUAAGUAAACUCAACCCGUUCUACAGGAGGGGGUGUUGAAUCACUAGAAUUUAAGCCGUGUUUUAAAGCUCUCUGAAACCACCGAGGAUACCUCAACACAAACAAAACGACAGCUCCAUACCUGCUCCCGGUGAUGUUAGCCGUGGGCCAGAUGGACGGGUCUCGCCAGGGCGCUUUCCUCCUCAACACUCCUCCGCUGGCCGCCCUGCACAGCAUGACCGAGAUGAAGACCCCUCUGUACCCGGCCUACCCGCUGUCCUCCACCGCCUCGCCUACCGCCACCUCCCCGAACCCCGGAGGCGUCGCCGUGUCCUCGCCUGGCAUCAAAACGUCCGGCAUUGGAUCCCCGCAGCAGUGCGGGGGCGCCGCCGCCACCCCUCACGGAAUAAACGACAUCCUCAGCCGCCCCUCGAUGGGGCUGGCCGCGGCAGGGGUGGUUGCGGCCGCCGCGUCAUCGUCGGCCGGGAUUUUGUCGGGACUGCCACGUUUUAGCAGCUUGAGUCCCCCCCCGCCUCCGCACGGACUCUACUUCAGCCCCGGCGCGGUGGCGGUGUCCCGGUACCCCAAGCCCCUGGCAGACCUCCCGGGCCGGACCCCCAUCUUCUGGCCGGGCGUCAUGCAGAGCCCACACUGGAGGGACGCCCGCUUCGCGUGUUCACCUCUGUUCUUUUCAGAUCAAAACUCUGUGUUGUUGGAUAAAGAUGGAAAAAGGAAACACACCCGGCCCACGUUCUCUGGACAGCAAAUAUUUGCCCUGGAAAAGACUUUUGAACAAACGAAAUAUCUGGCUGGACCGGAACGAGCCCGCCUGGCCUACUCUCUGGGGAUGACCGAGAGCCAAGUGAAGGUGUGGUUCCAGAACAGGAGGACCAAGUGGAGGAAGCGGCACGCGGCGGAGAUGGCCACGGCCAAGAAGAAGCAGGACUCGGAGACCGAGAGGCUGAAGGGCGCCUCGGAAAACGAGGACGACGACGACGACUAUAACAAACCACUGGACCCUAACUCCGACGACGAGAAGAUCACACAGCUGCUGAAAAAGCAUAAACCAAGCUCGUCCCUCCUUAUCCACACUUCAGAGAAUGACAGUUCCUAGAUUGGGCAGGGAGGGGGGAGGGGGUUGACCGUAAACGAACACAAUUGAACACCCGAGCUCGGCUCUUUCCGUCCAUAUCUUCGAAGUUUUGCACCGGGACGAGAGAUGAUUGAAACAAGGAGAAGCAGCUUUGUGGGCCAAAAGGUGGACUCAGCGACCGAGUUACCUAACGAGGACACGGUACUGACUUGUAAAUAUAAAUGUGAGUUGUAUCCCAUAGAAAAUACGCUGUUAAUAAUUUAUGUGUAAAUAACUUAGGCUAUGUUUUGUACAUUAUGCACUGCUGAGUUGUUCGGUCAAACAGACAGUUUGAGUGAAUGGAAAUGCAAUCUCACACUGAAAAAAAUACAUUUUAUUUAGAUUUUCUUUUUUACUUUAGUUAGGCCUACCAUAUUACAUUUCAGAGACAUUAUUAUUUGAAACGUGUUGGCCUGGUUGUUGUGGAUACACUCAUCUUAACAACCAUACCCUCCACAAAUAUCUGAAGAAUGUUGAGAAAUGUUCAACAUGUUGGGCCUCUGGCGCCAUAGAGGCAGAUUCUUAUUUUGAAAUAUUUUGAAGGAGAAAUAAUAUUACAUUAACUGUACAUAUAAACUGGUUGUGACACAAUUGUGCAUUUUUACGAAGAACAACUGUGUUCUCGCCAGUGGCAAAAAUAUUUCCUCACUUAUUUUAUUUAAAUGUUUUCAGUUAACAGUGACAGAGUCCUGCACGGUUGUGUAUCGCAGGUUAAUGUAUUGCACUUUUAUUUAAUAAAAACUAAAAUGCA